AUUAAAAAUUAACUCUCUUCUCCUUAUCAAUAGCUUAGCGAUGCGAUGGGAUCACAAUGGCAUUGCAUCUUCUUUGUCUCGCUAAUCUUACUUGGUGCUUACUUCAGCCUUGACUUGAUGCUAGGUGUGCUGACAAACCAGUACAUAAGAACGAAAGAUAUUGUCACCCUCAAGCAGAAAUCAACCCAAGCAAGCUUAAAAAAACUACACAGUGCAAUAUUUGAAGUAAAGAAAUGGUUUAUUAGGAAGCGGGCAGGUGGAACGAGAUUAAAAGCUGAAAAAAAUGCAGAAAAUAAUGAUAAUGAUUGCCCAUUGAAUGAAGAUGUAAAAAGCAUCGGUCUUGACGUUGACAUUGAAUUACCAAGCAGUCAUCGACGUAAAUGCAACUUUGAAAUUGUACCGUGUCCAAAAGCUCCACAUGCACUCAAGACAGUAAUCGAUUCGAAACACUUUUUCUAUUCGGUGAUGGCGGUUAUUGCGCUAAACAGCAUUUGCCUUGCUGUUUCAGGGACGAAGAUACCAGCGAACGUGCAAAACAAAUUGGAUAUUGUGAACAUAGUCUGUAACGCUAUAUUUUGCCUGGAGCACUUACUACGGUAUUGGAUGUAUGGAUUCCACCACUAUCUAGAGGUCAAAGUUCGUCUUCUUGAUUUAUUUGUCGUGCUCUGGUCCAUAGCUGAUAUCAUAUAUAAGCAUGCCAACGGACAUACGAACUCUGGAGUCAGUGUCCUCCGGGCACUGUGUCUUCUACGGCUGUUUCGGGGCACUGCACUCGGAGACUCGAUGCUUAAGAUGCAAAAUUCCUUUAUUCGAAGUUCACGGUCAAUUUUCAGCCUGCUAAUUGUUUUGCUUCUAACGCUGUUUAUUUACGCUAUGCUUGGGAACCAUUUGUUCAAGAAUUAUUUGUCGCAUUCGGACGAUCGAAUUGGGUCUUUCGCCGAUGCAAAGGAAUCAAUGCUGCUUGUAUUUGUACUGUUAACUGGCGAGGGCUGGCCUGGGGUGAUGGGAGAGCUGGUCGACAAAUUCUGGAAACGUAAUAAAGCGAGGGUCAUCAUUCCUGUUUUAUACUUCCUGUCAUUCAUAGUUCUUGGAAAUUUCAUUCUUCUGAAUAUCUUUCUUGGAAUUAUGAUAGAAAACCUGACAAAUGAAACUCAAGAAGACUUAAAUGCGAUAAAUGAAGAUGGUGAUGGAAAAAAAGCAGAGCAAACUGAGACCGAGUCACAAAGAACGUCAUACAACGAGUUCCAAGACAUUUUGAAUGGCUCAAGUUGUGGGUCAUGCAGUGGAACUAAACCAGCCCCUGCAAUAGGGACAACAUGUACCGAAAAAAGUGACAGAAAAACUGAGCCAAUAAAUAAAGAAGAAAGAGGCAUAGAUCCUGAAAGAAAAAAUAAACACAAGGAAAAGAACCAAUGUACGAUUUCUUCCAUUAGAGCUCACUCUGACACAGUCAUUCCAAAGAAAGUAGAUGGCAUCCCAAAACACUGGUCGAUGUUUAUCUUUUCGCCUAAUAAUAAGAUUCGGAUAGCUUGCUAUAAAACAGCAACACAUGCUGUGUUUCUAAACUUGUGCCUAGGAUCAAUCAUAAUCAGUACAAUUUUAUUGGCUUUCGAAGACCCACUGAACAGAGAUAAGCAGUUAACAAGAGGCUUGCGCUAUUGCGACUACCUUUUCACAGGAAUCUUUAUGGCAGAGAUCCUUGUUAAGAUCAUUGCAUUUGGAUUGGUAAUUGGGCAUCCAGCAUGCUACUUGCGAGAUAAGCUCAAUGUUAUAGACAUCAUUGUCACACUGAUAUCCCUAGCAAGUCUGUGUAUCGAAGAGGCUGGAGUCAACUUGCCACUGCAACUCAAAGUCCUGCGAGUACUACGUGUGUUGCGCGCAAUGAAAAUAUCGCAAGAACUACGAUACGUCGUCGAUUGCCUCGUGGCGUCCUUUGCAAAGAUCUUCAACUAUUUCCUGCUAUAUGUAUCUUUGCUGUUCAUAUACUCUGUGAUCGGCGUCAAGUUAUAUUCGGGGAAGUUAAAAAAUUGUCAAGAAAAUGAAAACAUGAUGACUGCAAACAUGACAUCAUCAACAACAACAACAGGGAACACUACAAUGUUGCCUAAUACAACAAUGAUGACGACAACAAUGACAUGCAAGGAUGCUGAUUUCAAUUUCAACCAUGUUUUGAACGCAAUGGUGACUUUGUUCUCAAUAAGUACGCUGGAUAACUGGACCACGGAUAUGCAGACCAUCACGCAGCACUAUACCGGCGUCACAUCAGCAGCAACGUAUGUUUUCGUUAUCUCCUUUCUCCUUGUGAUGACGUUCAUAAUGCUUAACGUAUUCGUUGGGUUUGUGGCCGUGGCGUUUCAAAUCGAAAGAGGCAAGCAAGAGGGCUUCUGUAUCCUGACUAAACAAGCUCAAGACUGCAUUCGCUUGGCUUUGAAUGUGAAGAUAGUACCGACAGGGAAACAUGGUAAUGGGCUGCAGAGGCGGCUUCGCAGUUACCUCGAGUCGGCCCCGUUCGAAUACGUCAUUCUUAUUUGUGUCACACUGAACUGCAUAAUUAUGAUGACGAAACACCAUGGUCAGUCACAAUUUUUCGCCACAAUGCAAGAGGUUUCCAACUUGUUUUUCACCUCGUUAUUCACUGUUGAAUCCUUGUUAAAGCUAUUUGCUAUGACGCCUAAACCCUUCUUUAAAGACCCUUGGACGACCCUGGAUCUUCUCCUCGUCAUUGGCAGUUGGAUCGAUAUCACUUUGUUGUUCUUUGAAAUAAACAUCUAUAUAAACCUGACAGUGUUUCGUCUGUUUCGAGCCAUACGAAUCUUCCGAGUCAUAUGCAAGACUGGUAAUCUCAGGCAGAUCUUAGCGACAUUUCUCGAUUCAAUCAAGUCAGUGCCUAGUAUCGUCUUUCUAGUCGUCUUGGUUUUAUACAUCUACGCGGUUAUGGGGAUGCAGCUCUUUGGAAGAAUUCGGCUUGAAGAUGGCAACCCAUUGAAUCGACAAGUGCAUUUUCAAGACUUCAUGACAGCUCUGAUUGUACUGUUACGGACGACUACAUUGGACAACUGGCGGGAGCUGAUGACAGCAUGUUCUGACAUGCAUUCAUUGAAUUGCAUUGAUGCGCCUACAAAGAACUGCGGUACGCUGCUCAGCUACCCAUUUUACAUAUCGUUUAUAUUUCUGAGUGCUUUUAUGAUUACAAAUCUAUUCCUGGCAGUCAUCAUGGACAACUUCAUGUACUUGACACUGGAUUCGUCUGUAGUUUACUGUCAGCAUAUCCACCACUUCAUGGGCCUAUGGCGUGAAUUUGAUUCUGAUGAAUCAGGAAAGAUCCAUUCCAGCUACAUCAUUACACUGAUGCGGCGCCUACCACCUCCUCUUGGGUUCGGACAACACUGCCCUAGACGUACCAUAUUUGCAAAACUUGUUACUCUCAAUAUACCAACAGACGAUAAAGGCUUUGUUUCGUACAAUGAGCUACUAAUACCACUGCUUCUUUAUCGUCUCGGGUUGCAAGGGAAAAACAGACUUGUUCGUGACGAUAUACUGGCUUUACACACGAAUGUAGAUGCACAGCUACUAGACAAAGUUCUUCCAAUCAAUACAGAAAACUCAGAGCCGUCAAAAUUUCGCGUGUUCUGCGCGGCAAACGCCGUUAAAUAUCACUUCCGCGUGUUUGUCGAGCUGUUAAGAAAAAUACGCAUAGAAGACAAGGAGCACCCUCUUUUGCAGAGGUGGUUUACGUGUAUCAGAAAGAGUACUGUAGCAGAUGAUACUAUGAAAAAUGAAGAUAGCAAGGCUGUUAAACAUAACGAUGCUAGCAGUUACCACAAAGGAGCCAGCAAUUCGGAAAAAUCGAAAGCAGAGAAAGAGAAGCGUGGUCAAUACGAAAAAGGUAUUGAAAAAGACAAUGUAGGAGGAGCCUACAAGUAGCAAGUUUGUUGAAGGUCCUUUGGUUAACAAGGAAAAGUUUUGAACCGAAAGAUCUGUUAUAACAGCGAUUAAAAUCAAUAAAACCAGUUUUUAUACUUUAAAUUUGAUGAUAGUUUAGCUUUUUGUAAAUGACGUUUGAAAUGGAAACUUUUUAUUGUUAAAUGAAGCGUUGAAUUAAAAUUUUAGCGAUGGAUUAAAUGUGAAAGAAUUGCCCCAUUGGUUUUUUUCGUGACCUUGGAUAUAUAUUAUCAAAAGAGCACUAGAAUCCAUAUCUGCUUUAAUUCACGACAACAGCUUUAAAUAGUAUUUGUAUUUUAUGCCUGUACUGGAUUUCCUGUACAACGUUUCAUUCAAAAAUCGAUAAAAGUAAGAGAAACACUGGAAACUUUGUAAAUUUUAAGUCAUCAAAUUGUCCACCAGAGAAAUGUAUAGCCGCAGGUUUGUUUCAUAAUUCACCAAGACGUUUCUGUCUAGUUUUAGGCUUAAUUUUGCACUAGUUUUAUUUUAGCUUUUUAUGAAUACAAACUUUAAAUAAAAAAAUUUACUACUAGCUGCUUAUCAUUGUCAUUACAUAGCCAAUGUUUGAGUGAGGCUAAUUAUAUUGUUUAUUUUGAUUUGACCUGUUUUUUGGAAUGCAGAGUUUUGGAAUAAACAAAGUUUGAUAAUAAGAAACUUUCACAGUGCUAAUAGCAACAUCCACAGCAACAACCACACGCAUAAAACUAAUGGUGACUCUUAAUUACGGAUCAAGUAAAGUGCUUAUACGGCGAAAGCGCAGGGCGAAAACAUGUCUCACCCUAACGAUCAAGCUUACUACAAGAUUCGAUCGGUUACUGGUCAUUCAGGGAAAGCCCAAAUCUUGCAAAGAUUUAUCUGAUCAGCCAUUUAAUAUUGACUGACUGGUUACAGGUAGUUAGCAGCAAGGUUACAAGCAGUUAACGGCGAGGUAUUGCAGUACUUACCACGGUUAAUUGGUUCUCAUGGAUGAUCGACUUCAGUUUUAUACGCAUCAAUGCAAUUGUACAUGGAUAGUAGCCAUCCCCACUGUCUAGCAGAGACUUCUGGCAUCUAGGAUGUUAAUCAGUUAGAUGUAGCGUGGUAAAAACAGAAACAGUAGCAAGUUUACUAAAGGUCUCUUGGUUAGAUAAAAAGAAAUAAACGAAGUUUAGCCAAAUUUAU